AUGUUGUACCUCAAGUGGCGACAGCCGACCUCUCAGUUGAAUCUUCCCCCUGGCCCCCCUGGCCAUUGGCUGUGGGGCAACGAGAUUCCUGAAAAAUUUGCUUUCUUGCAAUUCGCUCAGUGGACUAAGGAGUAUGGCCCCAUGUUUUCGCUCAGGCGCGGUCGUCGCACGAUCAUUGUUCUUGGGACAUACCAGGCAGCAAUGGAUAUACUGGAGAAGGAUGGCGCAAUUACUGCAGAUCGGCCUCGCGCUAUUGCAGGUGGCGAGAUGAUUUCUGGAAACAUGAGGCUGCUUCUCGUAAGGGCUGGCGAACACUUCCGGAAGUUGCGCAAGGCUCUCCACACUCACUUGCAACCCAAAGUUGCGGUAACCUACGGACCAUUGCAGAUGUUUAACGCUAGGGUCCUCCUGCGCGAUAUUCUCGAUGACCCCGAAAAUCAUCACGAACAUGCUAGACGAUAUUCGGCGUCUCUGAUUCUUUCCCUCACAUAUGGUAAACCCUCUCCUAGCAAAAGACUGGACCCUGACAUUGCCUUGGUCAACCAAUGCCUACAUCGUAUGGGCCAAUCGCUGCGUCCGGGAGCUCACCUUGUCGAGGAUCUGCCUUGGCUCAAAUAUAUCCCCUUCUAUGGUUCAAAAUUAAGGGAGUAUCACAGAGAAGAGUUGGCCUUGUUCCGAAAACAGCUACAGGCUGUUCGAGAUGAGAUGGCUGAAGGGAAGGCUUCACCGUCUUUUGCUAGAUAUUUACUGGAAGAACAACAAGAGAUUGGUCUUUCUGAUGAUGAAUUGGCGUACCUCGCCGGCUCUAUGUUUGGUGCAGGCUCUGAGACGUCUGCGUCAGCAAUUAGUAUCGUUAUCAUGGCUGCGGCACUGCACCCUGAAGCUCAAGCAAGGGUACAAAAAGAACUUGAUGGUAUUGUUGGCUUUGACAGAUUGCCGUCCUUUAGCGAUGUCGACUCUCUCCCACAGGUCCAUGCAUUCUUCUUGGAAUCCUUCCGAUGGAGACCCGGGACAGGUGGAGGCAUUCAACGUAGGGCAACUGAAGAUAUAAUCUAUGGAGGCUAUCGUAUCCCUGCUGGCGCCACGCUGAUAGGGAACCAUUGGUCCAUCGGCCGUGACCCCGAAGUCUUCCCUGAUGGUGAUACAUUUAAUCCCCAGCGAUGGAUAGACGAGGACGGUAGAGUCAAGGAAGAGCCCAAGUUCUCGAAUUUCGGUUUCGGUAGGCGAAUCUGCCCUGGGAUGCCUGUGGCCUUGAGGUCCCUCUUUAUCAAUACUGCGCUCCUGCUCUGGUCGUUCAAGAUCACCGAAGACCCGACACGGCCCAUUGAUACGCUCGCAUUGAAGGAGGGCAUCAUUACAGUCCCUCUGCCUUUCGCGGCGCAUUUCGAACCCCGGCAUGUCAACCUGCGUGAACUGAUCGACGCAGACGAUUUGGGGCUCGCAACUCUUAUUGCACCUGAUAGGGAAUUGUAGAAGGGUGCUCUCGGAGAUGACUGUUGAUCGUUCUGUUGCAUGAAUGCGUUCGAUCUGUUGUUGUUUGGUGUUCGCUU